AUGACCAAUUCAACUUCAAACAAUUUGAUUUUCAAUCUCACGAAAGAAGGACUUGGUGGCAUCUCGAGUAAUGUCACUCAAGAGUCCAAUGAAAGCCAAGUAAACAUUUACUCAAAGGCCUUAAAGCUCACUUUGUAUACAAUCAUCUUUCUGGUCAGCGCUAUUGGAAACAUUCUUGUCUGCAUCAUCAUAUUCAGGAAGCGAAGGAUGAAGACGGUCACAAAUUAUUUCAUUCUCAAUCUGGCUUUCGCCGAUCUGACUCUCACGCUGAUUUGCAUCCCAUUUGACAUACCUGUUCAAGAGAUGAAUUACAGGUGGCCUUACGGGUCGUUUAUGUGUGGUGUCCUUUAUCCGCUUCAGACUAUGUCCUUAUUUGCAUCAGUGUUCACACUAACAGCGGUUAGUCUGACUCGUUACUGGGCCAUCCUUCACCCAUUAAAACGUCAGCUUAGCACCACCAAUGCUAAGUGUCUGAUUGCAAUUAUUUGGCUGCUGGCCAUAGUACCUGUCUCUCCUUACAUAAAUGUUCUGGGAAUCGGCGAAACCGGGUCAUGCGACGAAACCUGGAAAAACGUUCACAGCAGGAAGGUUUACACGGUGUUCCUCUUUGUUGCACAGUAUGUUGUUCCUCUGAGCAUUAUCGCCGCAGCGUAUGUAAGCAUUGGUAGGGAGUUAGGCAGGAAGAAGUCGGACACAGAAAACAGAUCCCUUCAACAUGCCAAGAACGAAGAAGCAGCCAAAGUUACUCGCAUGUUGGUUGCUGUAACGAUUCUGUUCGCAGUUUGCGUUCUCCCCACCAAUAUCAUGUGGUUAUGGCUGGACUUUGGCAAAGCCGAGGAGGAAUUUCCAGAAUUUUGGGAGCUGGUGGCAUUUUGCAACAUUCUAACUUUUGCUAACAGCGCUGCCAAUCCAGUGUGCUACACCAUAACAAACGCAAAUUACCGAAAAGAAAUCAAAUAUCUUCUGAAAAGAUGGUUCAACGGGCGAGAAGCAGGUUCGAUAAGAUCUGACCAUACGAGAAUGCUAGACGUUUCCAAAGACCAAAGUUUCAAUCGAAUGACAGUUGAUGUUUUAAAAUCUGAAUGUUCUAAAAGAAAAAUAAAAGCAUACAAAUAUAUAAAAAAACUCUUAAACGUUUUUUAAAAACUUGUUACAGUUUAAAGGGGAUCCCCUAUAGAAAAAGUUCAGCUGUUCUAAAGAAUGUUCAUUUUUGCUAAAAGCUUUAUGAAUUUUGAUGAGAGGUAAUCUGGGGACCAAACUGAAGACUCUAAAGCUGGCUUUGAAUAAUAUUCCCCGUGGUCGAAUUUGGUAACAAAGAUUCUGUAACUCAUUAAUGAACAAUAAAAUAACCUGCUGAAAACUAAGGAAUUAAUAAUCAUCAAAAGUGUACGUUUGUCGAAAACAUGCUUGACCCGGUUUAUUUGGCCGAGGCGGGACAUGCACGAGGAAGCGGUCUUAAUUAUGUGUUCAUCGUAAGUUAAAUUAGAAUCCAAAAUCACACCAAGGUCUUUGGCGGUGUCUGCGGGGACGAAAUAAUGGAAAGGGAGCGAAAUUGCAAUUUUGCACGCAUCUGCCUGCUGCCAAAUAUCAUCAGCUUGGUUUUGCCAGGGUUAAGUAACAAUUGGUUGUUGGAACACCAUUCUCCUAUUUUAAACAAGUCGUCUUCCAAAUCAGCAAUUGCAUCAGGUUGUCUUUAAGUUCGAAGGAAGUGAUGAGUUUCGUUCAUCUACAUAACUCUGAGUGCUGCAUUUCAGUGGGAUCGAUUUGCUAAAUAGUAGUGGGCCUAAGAUACUUCCUUGAGGGAACGGACAAAGGCUCAGAUAGCGUUGAAUGGAUUCGUACUACUUGUGUCCUGUUGCUUUAACUACGAAACCAUUUAUUUGGAAAUUCCGACAUCUUGCAAUUUUAAAAUUAACGUGUCGUGAUUGACGCUAUCGAAAGCUUUGCUCAUAUCUAAUAGAACAACUGCCGUUAACUUCUUUUUUGUCAAUCGCGUUAAGAAUUGUGUCAGUUGUUUCAAUCACUUACCGCUUUGGCUCUUUGAUAGGGUGUCAUUCGAUUGCAGAUACGAGGUGAGCUGAUUAUGUACUACCCUUUCGCAAACCUUUGAUAAGACUGGUGUAAGUGAGAUGGGUCUAUUAUUGUUUGCCUGUUCCUGGUCGCCCUCUUUUGGGAUUGGUGUAACCACAGCUGUCUUCCAUUUUGAUGGAAAAAUACAGUUUUGAAAGGAUGCAUUAACGAUAGACGUUAUUGGGUGAACAAUUGGAUUAAGACAAUCCUUGAUGAUGACACGAAUCGGGAUUUUGUCUAUCCCUGGGGCCUUGUUUGAAGGCAUCGCUGCUAUUAUACGUUCUAUUUGUUUAUAAUCAAUGGUACUCAGUGUGAACUGGUCAGAGAGCGUAUUGUCUCGGUACAAAAUAAUUCUGAUUAAGUGUUAGGUUGCAUUCAUUAGCCAGGGACGUAAUUUUGUCAACAGUGCUCUGACCAACAGAUACGAAAAACUGAUUAAAUUCGUCUGCAACAGCUUUGUCGCUCUUACUGUAUGUUCGCUGAGAUGUAGAUUUGCAGGGGAUGCACUGGCGAAUUGCUUUCCAGAUAUUAUUGGUGUUAUUUGGAUUCCUCUGGAUUUGUUGGGCCACAAAUUCCUGUUCAGCAAUUCUGAUUUCCCUCUUUACUUCCUGUCUGAAAUAUCUGUAGGCAGUCCAAGAUAGCGGAUCAUUUGUUUUCUUUGCUUUCUUACGCCAAUCAUCCCUGGUCUUCAUCAAUCCCCGUAUGUUGUCUGUUACGCAUGGAUUUGGUUUACAGCGUGCUUUGAAAGGUUUUAAUUGGAGCAUGGCGGUCGAGUAUCUCAGUAAAUAGCGAAUCGAGUGCAUAAAGUUUGUCCUCGACAUCGUCGAAAACAUCAACUAUGGACCACGGUGCCAGUGAUACGUCGUUGCUAAAAUCAACAGGACUGUAGUGUUUAAAACUUCUGGUUGUAAUAUAGACGGGUUUGGCGCGCGCUUUCUUCAAUUUUAAGGUGACAUAAACCAAGUCAUGGUCGCUAAUCGAGCUUUCCAUAACCGUAGCCGUUUGAACUUGUCUUGUGUCCGAUGCAAGGAUAACAUCUAGAACUGAUUUCGAAGUCUCUGUAACUCGUGUUGGCGUGUUGAUCAGUAUUGACAAGUUAUAGGAACGGCAGAAAUUAACAAGGACAUUAGCUCCAGGAUCGUUGCUAUUCUCAAGUCUGCAGUUCAAAUCUCCCAAUAGAUAAAUUGGAACAUUGAACGACGAGGCAUAAAUAAAGUUCUCUGUGAGAUCUGAAUCGAAACAAGAUAACGAUGCGUCCGGUGGUCUAUAGGUUGUACAGACAAUGAAAGACUUCAUGUUCCUGACGUGGAUUUUUAGCCACAGUUGGUGUGAAAGCCAGAGGCCGUGAUAAGAGAUAUAUCGCUCAAGUACUCCGUCCUGUAAUUUCGUGAGACAUAAGCACAUACUCCACCGCCAAUCUUCGCUUGUCGGUCGAUACGGUAGAUAACAUAGCCAGAAUUUCUAUUUCCAAAUCCGUAACUGAACUGUUGAGCCAUGUUUCGGAUACGGUAAAUAUGUCAAACUUAUUUUCCAGUACCGUUUCCUUUACAAGAACGAAAUGCUCACGGCAUUUUAAGAUACAGUUGUAUAACAGGUCUAAAGGUCGAGGUUGAAUUGGCAUAAUAGGCUGUAGUAACGUUUGCUCGUUUCACUCUAAUAGUGACAUGCACGUGUGCCCGCCAUUUUGUAUUUUCUAUUAUGCAGAGUCUCCAAUCUCAGUUUGCCACUUUAACUGACGUAGAGUGCGGGAAACGUAGACCAAAGUACUCAUUUGUAAAAGAGUAGUCAUGUUUACCUUUCCUCGAGGUAUGAACAAGACACAAGAGGAGUACAAGUCCAAUAACUCGGGAGCUCAGAAUCACACAUCCGCCCUCCUUCAUUCUAAACUCUGAAUGUAAUGUUUUUUUUUGUCGGAACGUCAAUUAAGAAAAUUACUCUCUAGGCUCUUCUCUCUGUAUCUCAACGGUUUUCAAUGCCUACAUAUUGCAACAAAAACCGGAAUUCUAUUUUUAAUUAUUUAUUUAUCUUUUUUUUUUCACUUCAGCCUGGCUAAGGUUACUGAUGCUACCUUUCGGGUUUUCAGUGCAAAUUUACCUUAUUUUAAUUUUGCAUGAUAAGUGAUUGCUUUUUUCCACCCGAAUUCAUGUCUUAGCAAGUUACCUACUAGAUAAAUCAGGACCAAGCAACCCUGGAGGUUUCAUUCCUGCUGGUAUCACUAGUUUUAACAGGUAACCGGUCAAGUCGCCCAAAACCUGCGUCAUGUUGCCCGAAAUUUUAGUAAUGUCGCCUGA